AUGGCCGAACAGGAAGAACACCACCACCCUCAUCGAACAAAGGCCUCGGCUAAUAUCAGAUCGGCUAGUGAUGGAUCUAUAUCACAAGUGAAUGUUAAUGUAUCCGAUCUAGAUGGAAUAUUUAAUUCUAGUGGUAAUCCACUAACUACAACAACAAUUAGUACAAUUGCUGUACAAGCUGGUGAAUCUAGAAUUGUUUUAGCUAUUCUUCGAAGUUCAGAUAUUGUUCGAGUUCGUAUACAACAAAUGGAACCUGAUUUAAUGGAUAUCGGCUUAAAUCUUGGUGAUACAAUUCAAUACCAAACUAUUCACGAAGAAUUAAUUAGUAAACUAAAAGCUAAACAAGAUCAUAUUACAGAACUGUUGACACGUGCAGAUGAUCUUGUCAUUCAACAGAAAUCUUAUAAUGAAGUCUAUGAAGCUAUGGCACGAAGUUUAGGUGAAGCAUGGAAAGAACUUAAUUUACAACUUGAAGGUCGAAGAAAUUUAUUAAAUCAAGCUAUACGUUAUCAUACAACAGCUGCUCGAUUUAAUGAUCGAGUUCAAGAUGCUCGUUUUUGGUUUAAUUCGUUAGAACAUGCAAAUUUUGAUAAUAAAUCGUUAAAUAUAUUAUUUGAUGAACAUGAUUUAUAUCGAAAAGAAAUUUUAGACGUAUCAUUAGAUACAUUAAAUGAAGGACAAUUAUUACUCGAACAUAUUAAAAAUUUAGGUAUACUAAUUGAAUCAAUUAAUCAACAUUCAACUACUGCUGCUUGUUAUGAAAUUGAACAUUUGCUUGGUAUACAUCAAGAUGAACGACGUCAAUUUGAAGAUGAAUGGGAAAGAAAUCGAAAAAUAUUACAUGAAUAUAUACAAAUGUCUGAAGUAAAAUAUGAUAUUGAUCAAAUAUUUGACUGGUUAGAAAAACAAGGUCAAUCCUAUUUAGAAAAUACUGAUCUUGGACAAACAUUAGAUGAUAUUGAACGAUUACAAACUAUUCAUAAAGAAAUUGAAACUGAAUCACAAAUUAUACAUGAUAGAGUUCUACGUUGUAUGCGUGCUGUUGAUACAUGGGUACAUACGGGCUUAACACGAGCUGAUCGUUUACAUGCACAUGCUCAUACACUUUUAGUUUUAUGGGAAAAAUAUGAACUUAAACUUGAUAUUCGUCGUCGAUUAUUAAGAUUAGCACAUCAAUUUUAUAGUGAUUCAAUAAAUACAUUUUCAAUACUUGAUUCACUUGAUAAACAUCUUUUAACAAUAUCAUCAAAUAAUUUACUUUCAAGUGAAGAUCUUCUACGUGAAUAUAAUCAUAUUAAUAAUGAAUUAAUUCAAUCGACAGAAAUUCCACUUCGUCAAGGACAUAUUUUAUUAGAAAAAAUACAAACAAAUAAUUAUAAUUCAAAAAUAUUUUAUGAACGUAUUUGUGAUUUAGAAAAACGUAUUGAAAAUAUACGAAAUAAACUACGAAAUGAAUACGAUAAAUUAGAUCAACAAGGUUCAUCAUUAUAUCAAACAUUUGAUAAUGAAUGUACAAUAAUGCAAUCAUGGUUAUUUAAUGUAGUUGAACAUUUUCUUAAUUCAAAUAGAUAUCUAAUUGAUUUAAAUAAUUCUAUUGAUGUAACAAAACAAACAAAUGAUUUUUUAGAAUCUCAUCAACAAAUUAUUGAACGUGAUCUCAAGCGUCGUGAAGAAGAUAUUCAUCGUCUUGGAACAUUAGUUCACGAAUUACAAUUAAAUAAUGAUCGUAAUUGGCAAAUAGCUCGAACACGAUUUGAUAAUCUAUUUAUUCUAUGGCAAAAUUUAUCUGAUAAAAUAAUUCGACGUCAUACACUUGCUCAAUCUUAUGUUGUUUUUCAAAAUCAAGUUGAACAACUAUCAAAUGGUUUAGCAAGUAUUGAUGAUGUGAUACGUUAUCGUGAUAAUAUUGAUCUAUUACCUGAAUCAGCAGUAAAACAUAUUGAAGAAACUUGGUCAAAUUUACGAAUUAAUUAUCAUGAAAUAAUUGAUAAUAGUAAACAUAUUCGUCAUGCUUUAGAAACAGAAUCUGAUGAACUUAGUUUACAAUCAAAUGAUACUUAUCGUACAAUAUUUAAUCAAUGUGAACAAAUAACACGUAGAUAUGAACAAAUAUCUUUAAGUUUCGAUUCAUGGAUUCGAAAAUUAGCAAAUCUAAAAGAUUUUAAAAAUCAAUGGCAACAAUUUAUUGAAAAUGCAAGACAAACAAUUGAUAAAGUUCAUCGAUUUGAAUUAAAUAUUGUUCCAACACAAAUAUCAACGAAUGAUAAUGUUGAAAAAUAUCAACGUUUACUGAGUGAUUUUGCAAAUCGUGUUCAAGAAACAACACGUGAAGUUGAAGAUCGUUUAAGAACAGCUGAACAAUUAGGUAUGCGUGGUGAAACAAAUGGACAAAAAGAACAAAUUGUUAAUGAACUUGUUAAAGUUCAUCAACAAUUUUUAUCACAUAUUAAUCAAACACGUAGUUUUCUACAUAUAAUGAUAAAUUAUUAUAAAAAUACAUCAAAAAUUGAAACACAAUUUAUUAAUAAUGAACGAAUCAUAUCAUCAUUACCAAAUGAUAUUCGUAGUACAGAAGUUUUAGUAACACAAUAUGAAGCUGAACGCGAAAAAAUCAUUCAAACUUAUGAACAAUGUCGACAAGAUGCACAAUUAGCUGAAAAUAAAGCUACACAGUGUGGAGUAACUAUAUUUAUUGAUGAAAUUUAUACAAAACAAAAUGAAAUCGAAUCAAAAUAUUCUCAGUGGCAACAAUUAAAUGAAGAAAAUCGAUCAAAAUUAAAACAGCGUGUUGAAUGGUGUCAAUUUAUAGAUGAUAAAUACAAAAUUGUGUAUGAAAUUGAUUCAUUACAACAAGAAAUUGAUAAACGAAAACGAAAUAUUCCUCAAACAUAUAAAGAAGCACUUAAUCGUACUGAAACAAUUCAUGAAAUUAAUCGUCUUUAUGAUAGUUGUGAACGAGCUGUUCGAAGAUUUCGUACAACAGCAGAUAUAAUGAUUCAACAAAAACAUCCGGAAUAUGAACAAGUUGAACAUGAAAUAAAAGAUGUUGAAAACAAAUUAUCAACUAUCUAUAUAUCAAUUGGAAAUUAUCGACAAGAUGUUGAUAAAAUAACUACUUAUUAUAAACUUGUUGAUGAGAUUGAAAAUUGGCAUCAAGAAUCAAGUCAAUUAUUAAUUCAAAUUGGUACAGAAAUAAUGCAUUGUCAAACAGAAAAUGAUGCAAAAAUACUUCUUGAUAAAGUUUCAAUAGCUAUUGAUCAAGGAAAAGAAUAUGAACGAGAAAAAAUGAAAUAUAUUAGUACAUUAGCAGUUGAUGUUUUUGGACCUGAUGAUGGUCAACAUCGAAUAAAACAUGUUACAGCACGAAAUAUUGAAUUAAUAAAUGCAUUUAUUAAAGUUCAUCAAGAUAUAUCAAUAGUUCAACGUAAUUUUGAACAUCGAAAAGACUAUAUAAAAGAAAGUAUUUCAAUUAAUCAACAACUUCCAGUUUUUGUUAAACCAAUGAAAGAUACAACAAUUAAUGAAGGAACAAGAUUUACAUUUGAAUGUAUUAUUGAUGGAAAUGAACCGAUUAAUGUUAUUUGGCUUAAAGAUCAAACAGUUAUUUCAUCAUUAACACAUGAUAUACAAUAUGAUCGUGGCUUAGCUACUUUAACACUUGUUGAUAUACAAAAAGAAGAUUCAGCUUAUUAUACAUGUAGAGCAAGUAAUAGUGUAGGAACUGUAGAAAGUUCAGCUUAUCUCAUUGUUAAAGUUGCAACAUCUUUGAUUAAUGUUGAUAAUAAAUAUCAACAUUAUCAUGCUCCAACAUUUAUUGAACCAUUACGUUCACAAGAUACUUUUAUUGAUUCAACAAUUGUAUUUGAAUGUAUUGUUUAUGGUGAACCAACUCCAAAUGUUACAUGGGAACAUGAUGGAGUUGAAAUAUGUAAAGGUCAUUCUUUAUCAGAUUUAACAUCAAAACAUCAAUUAUAUCGUUUAAUACUUCAACACGUGAAGUUAAGUGAUUGUGGAGAAUAUGCAUGUAAAGCAAAAAAUCUUAGCGGUGAAGCAACAUCAGUAGCUGAUCUUCGUAUUUAUUCCCAUCAACAGCAACAACAACAUGACAUUAUGAUGUCAUCACAAUACGAGCCACGUUUUACUGAACCAUUAAAAGCAUCAUAUAUAAUUCGUGAAGGACAACCUGUUAAACUUUCAUGUCGUUUUGAUGCUAAUCCACAAGGUGACGUCGAAUGGUUAAAAGAUGGAAAACCAAUUGAUUUUGCUGCUCUUGGAAUUUCAAGAGAUUUUAAGGUUGUCAAAGAAGUGGAUUAUACAGCUUUAUUAAUCAAAGAAGCUUUUCCGGAAGAUAUAGGCUCGUAUACAGUUAUCAUUCGUAAUCCAUUAGGUGAAGCACGUUCAUUUGCACAAUUGACUGUUGAAGGAUAUUUUUGUCGAACACCUGAAUCGGAAAUGUCCGAUACACCAUGUAAACCAAUUUUUGUCCAACCACUUCGUGAUAUAACGAUACAUGAAGGACAAAAAUUAAAAUUACAUGCUGCAAUAAAUGCUCAUCCUGAACCAGAAAUUUUUUGGUUUUGUAAUAAUAUUCCAUUAAAAACUACACGUGAUGUUACAUUAACAUUUGAUGGACAAUUGUGCACAUUAGUGAAAGAUCAAUGUGAAAAAGAAAAUGAUAGUGGAUUGUAUCGAAUAACAGCUGUUAAUUCAAUGGGACAAGCUGAAUCAAUUUGCCAAGUAACAAUACUAUCUAAAGAUACGCAAUUAUUCACUGAACGUGUACAUUCAAUGCGUUCACCACCUGUUAUUUUUCAAUCAUUAGAAAAUAAAACAGUUCAUGAAGGUGAACGUAUUAUUUUUCAAGUACGUAUUAGUGGACAACCUAAACCACAAAUUAUUUGGUAUAAAGAUAAUCAACCAUUAAGAAAUACACAUGACCAUAAAAUUCGUAAUCAAGAUGAUAUAUAUACACUUGAAAUACCAGAAUUAUUUAUGGAUGAUGCUGGUUCUUAUAUGGUUAAAGCAAUAAAUAUUGAAGGUGAAGCGAAAUGUGAAUGUUUAUUAAACAUUUUACCUCCAAUUAAUCAUAUUUCAAUGAAUACAGAACAAACAAAUAUACAACCAAACGGCUUUCCACCUGAAUUUUUACAAUUAUUUAUUGAUCGACAAACAAUAGCUAACUCAACAAUUAAAUUUGAAGCACGAUUAAUUGGUACACAACCAUUAAAUGUUUAUUGGUUAUUUAAUGGAUCACCAAUAUCAAAUAUACAAAAUAAUCAACGUUAUCAACAACAAAAUUUUAAUGAUACUUAUUCAUUAACAAUAUAUGAUGUUCAUUAUGAAGAUGCUGGACGAUAUACAUUAAAUGCAGAAAAUGCUUGGGGAAAGGCGACAUGUACAGCUGAAUUAUUUGUUCCACCGAGUGCAACAUCAGGUAAAAGAAACUGUUUUUCCUUUUUCUAUCGAAUUUUGAUUUUUGUAUCCAUUCAAUACAAUCAAUGUGUUUUAUUGAAUCCAAUGCAUGCAAUAACUUAG